UCCCCACAUCUCAACUUGCCCAGCUGUUCCACCGCCGUAGUUCCGCAGUCUCUUGAUGGGAAGUGCACUCCAUGGACGGCGGAGACCUCCCGUCCACUGACUGCUCGUCGGAGCCUCUCGCAACGGGCGGGGAGGCGGCGGUGGCCAGGGCGGAGGAGUUUGGGCACCCCCAGGAAGGAUGCGAGGCCCUGGCGAGGGCAAUCUCCUCGACGCUGGGGGAUGUGAUGAGGGAGUUCGAUGGCAGAGCGGAGGGCGCGGCUCGGAGCCAGGACGAGCUCAUUCGCUCCAUCGAUCGUCUCACCGGAGAACUAGAUAAGCUAUUAGAAGAUGCACCCUUGCCAUUCAUUAUGCAACAUGCAAUGAAGAUCUCCUCUAUCCAUAAGAGAGUUUCAGCAUUGAACUUGCUCUUGAAGUCGAUACAGAGGCGCAUUGAUAACAUAGAUCGAAUGCUUUCGACAGGUGUACCGAAUGGUGAUAAUGUGCCACCAGAUAUAGUGGAAACAUCAUCACUGACUUUGUAAUUCUGGUAUUUUCAUUUUUCUGUUUAGGGCCCAUGGUAUCUGAGCUCCAUUUUUGAAACUCAAGACUGAUCCAAUUAAUUUCCACGUAUAUGUAAUUUAUAUGGUAAAGAAAGUAUAUUUCAAGAUGAUGGAAGAAUUGCCAUGGCAUGAUACACUUCAAUGCAGAACGUCAUAAAAUUUCUUCUUUUGUUCCUUUAAUAAUAAAUUGCAGUCCAUUAUACCCCAUGGUUUGGAGGAGUUUGUCUCUAAUGUUUACAUUGAUGAUGACCUUGCUAAUGCAGCACCAGCUGAAAUUUCUUAAAGGAAUGUCACUGUAAAUAUGUCCGAUUUUACCUGGAAAACUUUGAAGACGAGAUUUUAGUUUGGAGAAUUCAGACAAGAUCAUUCCUUUUCACUUUAUCUUAUAUUUUUGAAAGAUGAUUGUAUAAGAUCUGUAUUUGACUUGUAUACCUUUUCACCCAGGGUUUUAUUAUUGUUGAAUGAAAGGUAUGCUUUUAAACUGCA